AUGAAUAAAUAAUUCAUGAUAUUAGCAUUGUUGCUAGUUUUAGCAGCAAGUCAAACCUAUAGUAUAACAUCAUGCACAUGUGCAUAAUUGUUAUCAGAAGGAGAUUGUUUAAAAAAUACUUCACUUGGUUGUGCAUGGGACAGUACAAAAAAAGCUUGUGCAGUUUCUACAACACCAGUCACUCCAACAGUGACCUAUGCUGCAUAUUGUGAUACCUUUGCUGAAACAGAUUGUCCAAAAGCAAAACCAUGUACAGAUUGUGGAACUUAUGCUGCCUGUGCAUGGGUUGAUAAAAAAUGUACCUUCUUCACAGGAUGCACAGCCUUUGCAAAAACAACAGACGGUGACUGUUAAGCAAUAAGUAAUAGAUGUAUUACAGAUGGAACUCAUUGUGUUGAAGUCGAUGCUUGUAGCACAUACAAGAAAUAACUACCUUGCGUGAAGAAUGCAGCUGGUAGCUUAUGCUACUGGGAUACAACAAAUAACACUUGUGUAGAUGCUAACACAUGCGAUAAAUUACCUACAACAUUCGCUACAGACAAAGAUUGCAGAGAUGUCAUUUCAACUUGCACAACAAAGACAGGAGGUGGAUGUGUCGACAGUGGAAAUAAUUGUAGUGAUUAAACAUUAGAAAUUCAAUGUGUGUGGAAUAAAUUAAAAUCAGUUGCAUGUUAUUGGGAUGGAGCUGCAUGCAAAGACAGAAUUUGUGAUAAUGCACCAACAUCAUUAACAACCGAUGAUACUUGUAAAUCUUUUAGAACUGACGGAACAUGUACAACUAAGGCUAAUGGAGGAUGUGUCACUAGAACCACUUGUGCAGCUGCUACUAUCUAAGCUGCUUGUGUUAAAAAUAGUUCAAAUGGGGAUUGCUAUUGGACUGGAACUGCAUGUGUUGAUAAGACAUGUACAAAUGCACCAACAACUAUGACAACCAAUUCAGCUUGUGCUGGAUUCGUAACAGGUUGUAUCACCAAAUCAGGAGGAGGUUGUGUUUCCAAUGGAGCAUGUUCAGCUGCAAAUGUCUAAGCAGCUUGUGUGAAAAAUACAUCUGGAACUGAUUGCAUUUGGGAUACUACAUGCAAAGAAAAGACAUGCGCAAAUGCACCUACUACCAAUAACACUCAUGAUUUAUGUACAUCAUAUUUAUCAACAUGCACUGUUAAAUCUGGAGGUGGAUGUUAAUCUAGAACUUGUGCAAAUGCUCCAACAACAAUAACAACUAAUGAUGCAUGUGAAGCAUAUUUACCAGCCAGCAACUGUAUAACAAAGAGUGGAGGUGGAUGCGUAACAAACACUACAUGUGCAGUAAUUACUUUAGAAGCUGCUUGUGUUAAAAAUUCUUCUGGAGCCAUUUGUUUCUGGGAUUCUGCCAGUUCAACUUGUAAAGAUAAAACUUGUGCUAAUGCUCCUGCAACUAAUACUACUAACGAUUUGUGUGUUGCCUUUUUAUCAUCUUGUACAUUAAACUCAACCAGUGCAGGUUGUGUUGAUAAAACAUGCGAAAAUUCAUUGGUAUAAACAAUUUGUGAUAAAGAUCUCAACAAUAAAGCUUGUAUUUGGAAAGGAAAAUGCUAUAAAAAAGAGUGUGUUUUGGCUUCAUCAACCACAGCAACCCAUGCAGAUUGCUAAACUUAUGAUGUAGGUUGUACUUUGAGCAAUACUGGUACUGGAUGUGUUCCUCUACCCCUUAAAUGUGAAGCUAUCACAAUUGAAGCUGCUUGUAAUAUUAGAUUGUAAGUUACAAAUGGAGUUAAAUCCUAUCCAUUAUGUGGUUGGAAUGGUUCAUCUUGUAUUGAUAAAGCUUGCUCUACUGCUCCAAAGACUACAGCAACAACAUCUGAUUGUGGUACAUACAAAUCAGGUUGUGUAGCAAAUAACCCUGUUAGCGGAGCAAUUUAAGGAUGCUAAGACUUACCAACAACUUGUGCAGCUAGAAAAUCAACUGAAAAUUGUGAAAUCACAAGAGUUGGAUUCCCAACAUGCUUAUGGAAUAGUGCUACUUCAGCUUGUGUUGAAAAAUCUUGCACUACUGCUAGCGUUACAACAACAACAGGAUUCUUGACAGUUUUUAGUUCUUCAAAUUGUUCUACUUAUUUGACUUCUUGUAUUGCCAAUAAUACAGCAGAUGGUUGCAUUCCAAAACCAUCAAGUUGUGGUUCUUUGACAUCAUCAGCUAAUUGCACAACUGGUUCAAAAGCAAAUGGAGAUUGUUAUUGGAAUGGUUCUACUUGUGUUGAUAGAACAUGUGCAAACAUUUCAUUAUCCACUCACUCUGGUUGUUAAGGUGUUUUGAAUACAUGCACAACGAAUAAUGCAAAAACAACUUGUUAAAGUUUAGCUACAGCUUGUACUUCUUAUGGAUCAAGCGAAAAUUGUAAGUAAACUUCUGCUGGAAAAACUUGCAUAUGGACUGGAACAGCUUGUAGAAAUGCAACAUGUGCAGAUGCAGCAGAUACUGCUUCUUACCAAUCAGAUUCAUAGUGCUCAGCUUAUCCAACACCAAGCGAUACUUGUACAGUUCUAUACAAAACUUAAGCAUUAGGAUGUGUGACAAGAUCAGCUAAUUGCAGUGACUAUGUAUCAUCAGCUUAAUGCUAUAGAACCUUAACAGCUGCAUCAGAUGACUGUACAUGGAAAUCCUCUCAUGGCAAAUGCUUUUCUAAUACAUAUCUUCAAGGUGCAUGCUCAACCUUUUAAGGUACCAAAACUUUAUGCGAAGCUAUUAAACUUGGUUGCACCAAUACAAAUAGUGCUGUUGAAACAGAUACUUGCACAUUCUCUUGUGCUCUUGUAACAGGAACAAGUUUAACCCAUUCAGGUUGUUAAGGAUAUAGUACAACAUGUACUGCUAAUUCAGCUGGAACUGCUUGUCUUAUAUAAGCAGCAGCUUGCAGUACUUACACAGCCUAAGGUGAUUGUGUUAGAAGAACAGAUGGUUUAUCAUGCUUUUGGAAUGCUUCUGCUUCACCUGCUGCUUGUCAAGAUAUUACUUCAACAAAUUGUAAUGCACUCACAUCAUUAACAAGCGCAACUCAUGCCACAUGUCAAGCAUAUAGUACUGCUUGUACUGUUAUUUCUGAUGGAACAGCAUGCCAAGCAUUAUAAGCAGCUUGCUCUAGUUACUCAGCGCAAACUGCUUGUACUAAAAGAACAGAUGGCUUAAAAUGCUUUUGGAAUGCUUCUGCCUCACCUGCUGCUUGUCAAGAUAUUACUUCAACAAAUUGUAAUGCACUCACAUCAUUAACAGGCGCAACUCAUGCCUCAUGUCAAGCAUAUAAUACUGCUUGUACUGUUAUUUCUGAUGGAACAGCAUGCCAAGCAUUAUAAGCAGCUUGCUCUAGUUACUCAGCGUAAACUGCUUGUACUUAAAGAACAGAUGGCUUAAAAUGCUUUUGGAAUGCUUCUGCUUCACCUGCUGCUUGUCAAGAUAUUACUUCAACAAAUUGUAAUGCACUCACAUCGUUAACAAGCGCAACUCAUGCCACAUGUCAAGCAUAUAGUACUGCUUGUACUGUUAUUUCUGAUGGAACAGCAUGCUAAGCAUUAUAAGCAGCUUGCUCUAGUUACUCAGCGUAAACUGCUUGUACUUAAAGAACAGAUGGCUUAAAAUGCUUUUGGAAUGCUUCUGCUUCACCUGCUGCUUGUCAAGAUAUUACUUCAACAAAUUGUAAUGCACUCACAUCGUUAACAAGCGCAACUCAUGCCACAUGUCAAGCAUAUAGUACUGCUUGUACUGUUAUUUCUGAUGGAACAGCAUGCCAAGCAUUAUAAGCAGCUUGCUCUAGUUACUCAGCGUAAACUGCUUGUACUUAAAGAACAGAUGGCUUAAAAUGCUUUUGGAAUGCUUCUGCUUCACCUGCUGCUUGUCAAGAUAUUACUUCAACAAAUUGUAAUGCACUCACAUCGUUAACAAGCGCAACUCAUGCCACAUGUCAAGCAUAUAGUACUGCUUGUACUGUUAUUUCUGAUGGAACAGCAUGCCAAGCAUUAUAAGCAGCUUGCUCUAGUUACUCAGCGUAAACUGCUUGUACUUAAAGAACAGAUGGCUUAAAAUGCUUUUGGAAUGCUUCUGCUUCACCUGCUGCUUGUCAAGAUAUUACUUCAACAAAUUGUAAUGCACUCACAUCGUUAACAAGCGCAACUCAUGCCACAUGUCAAGCAUAUAGUACUGCUUGUACUGUUAUUUCUGAUGGAACAGCAUGCCAAGCAUUAUAAGCAGCUUGCUCUAGUUACUCAGCGUAAACUGCUUGUACUUAAAGAACAGAUGGCUUAAAAUGCUUUUGGAAUGCUUCUGCCUCACCUGCUGCUUGUCAAGAUAUUACUUCAUCUAAUUGCUCUUUAAUCACAGGAUUAUCAAGUGCAACUCAUGCCACAUGCUAAGCAUAUAGCACUGCUUGUUAUCUUAAUGUUGCUGGAAAUGCAUGCUAAGCAUUUAGCACAUGUGAAGCAUUAACAGGUUCAAGUCUCACUUGGGCUCUUUGUUAAGCUUAUAGUACUACAUGUAGUGUUAAAAGAGAUGGAACUGGUUGUGUAACAAUUUAAUCUGCUUGUACUGGAUACACAACAAUGGCCAAUUGUUAUAGAUCAACUGCUGGAUAUUGUACUGCUAAUAGUGGUGAUACUGCAUGCCAAGCUAUAUCAGCUUCAACUACUUGUGAAUCAAUUAAAUUAGGAUCAGGAUAUACUUUUAGUGAUGCUAUAUGCAAUACUUUAAAAUCUGGUUGCAUAGCAUUAGCCACAUCAGGAUGUUAAACCAAGACAUGUGCUAAUAAAACAACACCAUUUGCUCAUUCAGAUUGUAAUACUUGGUUAAGUACAUGUACUUCAAACGCUGUUUCUUCACCAACUGCCUGCACAACUAUGGCAGCCACAUGUGCUAGUUUGACAACAGCAGCAUGCGUUUACGCAGUUGAAGGUGAAUGUGUUGUCUCAGGAUCAUCUUGUGUCAGAAAAACUUGUGAUACAGCUUCAGCAGAUACAAGCUUUGACUCACAUGCUGAAUGUAUUGGAUAUCUAUCUACAUGCACAGUCGCAAGAACAGGAGGUUGCUAAGUAAGAGCUACUUGUGCCUCAUACAAAUCAACUUAAUAAUGUAAAUUCAAUUCAACUGGUGGAAAAUGUUUCUGGAAUCCUACUAAUAAGACAUGCGUUGAUUUGAAUUGUGGUAACAUUGAAGCCACAACAUCUUACGAUACUCAUACUGAGUGUGUAGCAGUUGAUGCAUCUCUCCUUUGCACAGUUAGAGCUACAAAUGGAGCUGCUGUUGCUGGUUGUAUGGCUAGAGGUGCCUGCAGUUCUUAUUCAAUAGAAGAUUAAUGCAAAACUAAUUCAAGUGGAGGUGUCUGUGUUUGGAACACAAACUUAACUACACCAGUAUGCUAAGAUAAAUCAUGCACAACCGCUCCAACUGCAACAGCAACUCAUGCUGAUUGUGAUGCCUAUUUCUCCACAACUAGCAUUAAAUGCACAGUUGUUGCUACACCAGAUACAAAUGGUGGUACCCCAGUUUUAGGAGGAUGUUAAUAGACAGCAGCUUGUUCUACUUAUAUCCAUUAAGAAUAAUGCAGAUUCAACGCUACAGGAGAUCUUUGUGGAUGGAAUGGAACUUAAUGUGCAGAUAAGUCAUGUGCUACUGCACCUGCAACUACUGAUUAUGAUGAUAAUGAUAAAUGCAGAGCAUACUUUAAUAAUAAAUGUACAGUUGCAAGCUCAGGAUAAGGAUGUGUUGAUAUUCCAGAUACAUGUGAAUCUAUGACAUAAAAGUAAUGUGUUUCUGAUAAGACUGGCAGAUCAUGCUAUUGGAAUGGAACAGCUUGUAUCACAAGAACUUGUGAAAAUGCCCCAGAUUCAACAGCUUCAGCUGAUGACUGUAAUACAUAUCUUGCUGGAUGUACUUUGGAUUCAGUAAAAUGUAAGACAAAAGUUUGUGAAGAUUUUGCUUUUGCCACCGAUGCCUUAUGCAAAUAAGCCUUAAGCACAUGUACAACAAAUGGAACAAAUUGUGUAACAAGAGGAACUUGCUUCUAAGCUUUGAACUAGGCUGGAUGCGUUACUUCAUCAACAAAUCUAUAAUGUGAAUGGAUGCCAGCUGUAGGCACUAACUAAGCAUAUUGUACAGUUAAGACAUGUAAUACAGCCCCAGCAACAUUAACCACUGAAUCAGCUUGCGCAAGUUAUUUCACAAAUUGCACAACAAAGAAUGGUGGUGGAUGUGUUACCAAAUCAACUUGUUCUGCUGUUACUAUUGAUGUUGCUUGUACAACUGCUCUUAAUGGAACUGUUUGUGCUUGGGAUAGUGCAUAAAAUAAAUGCAGAGAUAAAGAUUGCUAGGAUUUCAGUGGAACUACUCAUGCUGCAUGCCAAACCUAAAGAGCUGGAUGUACCGCUGGUGCCAAUGGAAAAUGUGCUAGAGUCUAAAAUUGUGAAUAAACCACAAUUAGAAGUGCCUGCAUUGAGGGAACAAAUGGACCAUGUUUGUGGAUAAGCAGCUACGUUAACACUGAUGGAUCCACAGGAGCUUGCUUUAGAUAUACCUCAUGCAAGAGUUUGACUUGGAAUUCUGAUUCAUCAUGCAAAUGGAUAAGUAACUAAUGCACAACAAAUGGAUCAAAUUGUGUUGGAAUUACUUUAUGUUCUGAAACAAAUACUGAUGGUGGAUGUGUUACAGGAUAUGAUGGAGCUUGCAUUCAAUCAGUCCCAGCCUUGAAUUCUUCAGAUCCAAAGGUUUGCAAACCAUAUACAUCUUGUGCUGAUGCCUUCUACACAACUCAUUCUGAUUGUUAAAUUGCUAGUAAGAAGUGUACAACAAAUGGAACAACUGGUUGCAUUGCCUUAGGUGCUUGCUCAUCAUACACUACCUAAGCAGGAUGUUAUUUCAACGACAAAGGAGCUGUUUUAACAUCUGGAGCCAUUACUUCAACAGGUAUUUGUACUUGGGAUACCACUGCUAGUAGUUGCAGAGAUUAAUCAUGUGCUGAUUUGACUGGAACAACCCAUGCAACAUGUUCUUCAUAAUUAUCAACAUGCACAUCGGAUGGUACAAGCUGCUUACUCAAAGGAGCAUGCACAUCAUACACUACUUAAACUGCCUGCACAACAGCAGUUGGAUCAGAUGGUAUUUGCUAUUGGGAACUUGCUUCUGCUACAAAUAACAACACAGCCAAAUGUAGAUUACUUGCUUGUGCUGAUAUUCAAAAUGGUACAUCAACCAAUGUUUGUGCAGUUGCCUUGUCAUCAUGUGUUUCAAAUGGAACUGCUUGCAUUGCAAAAGCUAACUGCUCAACCUAUACAACUAAGACAGCAUGUAAUUCAGGUGGAUUAGAUGGAAUCUGUGUAUUCACUUAAUCAACUGCCACAGGAGCUGCUGCUGGUACUGGAACUUGUGCAUUAAUGACAGCAUGCACAACUGCUAGUAAUGAUUAACUUGCUUGCUAAGCUGCUAAGGAUAGAUGUUCAUGGACUGCAGCAUCAGGAACUGGAGCAACAGCAGUUGCUAGUAAAUGUGCCACUCACACUUGUGCUACAAACUAAGCUACCAAUGGUGCUUGCACAAGAUUCUUGAAUUGGGAUAAAAAGACUUAAUAAAUUUGUACUCUUGUUAGUGGAACAUGCACAGCCACAGACCCAUCAACUUUGUCAUUAAAUGAUUGCUUCUAGGUUUCUGGAUAUACUUAUACUUGGAAUGCAUCAACAAGCAAAUGCGGAGUUUGCACUGCAGUUGUAGUUUAACCAAAUACAUCAGAUAAUAAUACAAACAAUACAACUAAUUAAACAACAACUGAUUCAGGAUAUAUUCUUGGAUUAUCAACAAUCGUUUUGGGAUAUCUCAUGUUCUGA